AUGUUUGUCGCUAAUAAAAGGAAAAUCAUUCUCUUCAUGGCUUUACUUAUUAUCUUCCAAGUUGACUCGUUAACGUUUUCACAAUGUACCAAAAAACUACAGUUUCUAUUUCGACGCUGUUAUAUUACAACCUUGAUUGCGAAAAGCUGUUCUAAUUUUGAUCAGGGAGCAAUGUCAUCUUUUUACAAUGAUAUUGUGAAAUUGGGGAAAAUGUGUAACGAUUGUGGAGGGUGUGUAGAUUCGUUCAUGAGUUGUUCACUAGAGGCCUUGAAAAGAAUGAAUACAAACAAUGUCCUCAGGCUAGCACAUAUGCUAAUAAUUUUCGUAGAAAGAUGUUAG